UGAAGGAUUCAACCCGGAAGUCCUGUCGUUCCGGAACAAACGGGGAGGAACCGUGAAAGUAUUUAAAACAUGUGAACCUGUUAACAUGUGAGACUUCAAACACACCUCUCAGUAAGGUGAGUAGUCUCAGACAGUAACAGACUCUAAAGUCUCUUUCCUUCAGACUUUAAGAACAGGAAGCUCAGUCAUGUCCGGAGCGUUAGCCCGGCUGCUCUUCUACCCGACCUUAGCCUACAAUGUCGCCCUGGAGAAGGUCUCCUCACGACGGUGGUUCGACCGAGUGGACGAGACCGUGGUCCUGGGAGCUCUUCCGUUCAGGUCCAUGACGAAACAGCUGGUGGAAGCAGAAAACGUGCGAGGAGUCAUCACCAUGAACGAGAUGUACGAGACCAAAUAUUUCUGCAACACAGCCGAGGAGUGGCAGGUUGCAGGGGUGGAGCAGCUGAGGUUGAGUACGGUGGAUCUCACCGGCGUUCCCUCUCUGGAGAACUUGCACCGAGGCGUGGAGUUUGCGCUGCAGCACCGUGAGCAGGGGAACAGCGUGUACGUUCACUGCAAGGCAGGACGCUCCCGCAGCGCCACACUGGCUGCUGCGUACCUCAUCAAGUUACACUGCUGGACUCCCGAGGAGGCCUGUCAGAAGCUGGCAUCUGUUCGACCGCACAUCCUGGUGCGCUCUGCUCAGCUGGAGAUGCUGAGGAAAUACUACGAGCAGGUGUGCGAACAGUCCAGCUGAGAGAGCGAAGCUGAGGGUCCAACCUCAGAUCAUCAUUUCCUCAUUAGACGGAUGACUGGACGGAACAAAUCCUCCAUAUCUUUGUGUUUACUCACUGAAGAGAAUGCCAGCAGAUGCUUUUCUCCAUUCUUAAUGAAAACAAGUUCAAGUUUAUUUACUGGGUAAAGACUGACUUCCAUGAUUUGAUUAAAGUCAUAUCUGCUUCCAAAGAAAAGUCAGUUUCUCCAGGGAAUCUUUUUAGAGAUUUGUUUAAAUCUCAUCAAACAAAAUCGCAGCUUCUGUCCUUUAUGUGCCUGACCAGCAGAUUUCCUUCUCGUUCUUUGAGUUCUUAAAGCUCAGAAUUAUGUGGAAGGAAUGUAAACACUUGGAAACUUUUUAAAACCUCUGAACCUUAGAAGAGUUUGAUUACUCCACAGGUCGCUCUGUUCCAGCUUUGCAAAAACCCUUUGCAACACGGUUCAUGAUGAAAACCAUCAAAACACUCUAUUUAAUGGUUGCAGGGUGUGGGGUGAAGUCUGAGUGCUGAGGCACACAGAGAAGGAGAUGUUUCAUUUCAUAGUUUAGUAUGAAUGGUUGCUGUGUGUACAUGUUUUAUUUAACAGAAGACUUUGAUUUUAAAUAAAACUUGUGAGAUAAA